AUGUAUAAGUUCUCCUCUGACCUGGAAGACUCCGCGCUAAUUAGAUCACCUCUAAAUGACGACCUUUCAUUAGCUAUCGAUCAAUUCAACUCCACUCUUCAAUCUAUGAUCGACAAUCAUGCCCCAAUCAUUCGUAGGUCUGUUUCUCUUCGCCCACAUGCGCCAUGGUUUACGGAUAAAUUAAAGUUGCAAAGAGAAAGAGAAGAAAACUGGAAAGACGAUGGCGCGCGCAUAACACCGAAGCUAAUCAUCUAUUAUAAACCGAACAUUGUCGUGAGGUGAAUGACUUGAUUCGUUGUGCCAAAUAGAACCACUUUUCAUCUAUAAUUGUAAGCAACCAAGGAGACCAGAAAAUAUUAUUUCAAGCAGUUAAUAAUUUGUUAUAUAGGAAACCGAUAGUACGUUAUCCUUCUGUAGGUUCGGAUAUGGCUAAAAAAGUUCAAAUCAUUCUUUAUUGA